CUGCAGUGAACAAAAAAAUUAAAUUGAAAAUCACGUUUAAAGUUUCUGAUCUUUUAUUAUGAAUUAAUUAAUUAACCAAAGCCCAAUUAGUAUUACCUGCGAAUUUAGCCUCUAUAGGUCAAAUUUACAAUGACAGUUGUAUUAUCACUUGAUACGAAGAAACACAUCUUAUUAUAUUCAUGACAAUUUUGGAAAUAAUCUUUGACCUGUAUGACAUAUCUCAGAACUAUCUAUUGCAUAGUAUAUUUAGAACACUUCAAGCAAAUAAGUUUAUUUUUAUAAGUACCCUUUGUACCCUAUCUCUGCAUACAGUUAUAAUUUCAACAAAUUGUUCCUGAACUAAAAAAUUAUUUUGAAGACAAAUUACUCUAAUUCAAAGGGUUGAAUGUUUUCUUCAAUGCCAUCUUACCUGACAGAUAUAAAUUAACACUUUGGAGUAACGUAAAUAUAAGGCAAGCCCCCACACUCCAGGAAUUGAAUUAAAAAAUUACAUAAUACAGUAUUGAAUAAUUUACGACGACAAAGAAAGCGCAUGCUUUGCAUUAUAAGGCAUAAACGUACAAUAAUUUGCUUUAUCAUAAAGAAUAUGUUUAAACAGUCACGAAGAAAACAAAGAGACGUGGGAGUAUAAUAAAAAUGAGCAAAGAUCGUGAAGAACCCGGCCGGAGUAAAUUUCUGGCAAAAUGCCCGCUUAUCAAAAAUCAUAAUUGAGGAUCUUUUUGGAGAAAUACUGCAAUUUCUUGAUAUUUGGAAGAAUGUCGUUAAAGACGAGAAGUAUGCAAAAAGUUUUGGAACCCAUCGAAGUUCAGAUAAACAAAUUGCGGCAACUACUGGCGAAUGAAAGUGCUAAACCACCUGAUGUUGUGUUGGUGAAAUCUUUGUUUGUCGAACAACUCCAAAGUCUUGCAGAUAAAUUUGAAAAUUUAUCGAAAGAGGAUGCUACGGAUUAUCAAGAAUUGAAAUCUAAAAUAACAGGAAUUAUCGAGCAAUUCUGUUCUAUAAGUAAUGUGAAUGAUUUGGUACAGAGUAUCCAUUGUCAGAAUGGUGAAGACGUGACUACUGCACUCUUUAAGAAAUUCUUAUCUUGCCUAAAAACUUUGGAAAAGUUGGAAUGUCUCCCUUUGAAACAGAGUCUCCAGGACUGUUGGGAUUAUGUCAAAGAAAUGGGUGCUGUAAAUGAGAUUGAGGAUCUUCAAAAUAUUAAGGAAAUUGGUGUUUUCAUAAUGGAAGUCUUUGAACCAGUGCAGCGUUACAGAAAGAACUUGGUAUCAAAAUUAUUGUCAGAAAAAAUUGGCCUGUAUUCAUGUCAGCUCUGUGUUAGUUUUGGAAUGCUUGUACAUGUCAUUCAAGAGCAGCAUCACCUUAAUGCACCGAUAUAUACUUGUAAGAAGUACAUAUGUGAAAGAUUAUGUUGGUGUUUCAAGAUGAUAAUAGAAGUAUUGGACUGUGAAAAUCCAACAGAGGAGGAUGAAAAUUUUGAAAAGGAAAAUCACUUUGUAUACAGAAUGGAUUUGGUACUGGAUAUAAUAUCUGGUAUGCCUGGAAAAUCGCAGGAGGAUUUGAUCACAGAAUGUGCUGAUUUGUGGCUUGGAAUAGAAGAUGUAUUUUCCCAUGCAAUGGCCAUUGCCCAAGUAUGUCAAUUGUGCAAUUUCAAUGCAAUCACAGCAACAAGUCAAUCAAUAAUGUCGGAAUAUGAAAAUUUGAAAACUCAAUUGCUAUCUGAAAAACCUGACCCCACAUUGAAUAAUCUUUUCAUGAAUACCCUCAACGACGCUUUAUACCGUCUUGAACGUAAAGUGAAUAUUUCUGUUUUGACUCUCGUCAUGGAAGUAUUUAGUGAUCCAUUCGGUGCACUAAGAAAGCUUGUAAAAACCUGUGGAAAUUUAUUGACUGCUAAGAAAAGGUCAAAAAAUGAUUUGAGUUCUGCUGUAGAGGAAUUUGAUCAAGUUACUGACAAAGCCAUGCAAAUAGGCAUGUUCGCCAUUGCUUGCUGUAAGGAUAUCAAUAGAGUUAACAAAAUUCGAAAUUGCCUGGCCAGUCUUGAAUCCUUGGAAACAGAACUGGUACCAGCCAUCACUUCCUUUUAUUUGCAUCCGGAUAAUAAGGAAAUGCAGGCUUCUGUAAAAUUGUUGACCGCACAGUGGCAGUUAGAGAUAAAUAAACUGCAUAAUGUUGUCGAUCUUAUUAUUGACUCAGCUGCAUAUUGUCAGGUAGUUUUAGAUGAUUUGCAAGAGCGUGUAUCUGUCAUGUCAGAUUGUUUGGACAAUAGAGAACGUGUGACACAAGCUCAGGUACAUGGAAUUGUACAAAGAGCAGUUUCAUUAUCUAGUCAAUUGACAGCGACUGUCAAUGAUAUCGGUCGAGAUAAUAUAGAGAGGCAGACCACUAUGAUGAUUCAGGAACUCAAAGCUGCAAUUUUCGAGGCCGAUGCAGCAUCAAAGACUCUUUUGGUAGAAAAUGCCACAGAUCCUCAGCAACUUCGUGUGAUAAAACGAUGUGAACUAAUUUUAAAUGUCGUCAAAAGAUUACAGCCAGCGUUGAUUACUACAAUGAAUAAUUCCAUACUUACGAACAGUAGUUAUGGUAAAGCCGGCAUGGGACAGGGCGACACACUUAAUGAAUCUAGACUGAGUUUUCCAUCUAGCAUUUUUGGACUUCCACGAGAUGAGAAUUCUUUAACAUACAUAAGAACUCCGUACACGGUGAAAAGCUACAAGCCGCCAUUGUCUAUACAACCAGCAAAUAGUCUACCAAGAGCUCCGUCCAAUUUGUCUUGUCUUAUUCCAUAUAUAAAGCGAGGACGUACUAUGCGUACAGAAAGAUCCGUCAUGUACAAGACACCAAGAAAAGCAGAGAAUUCAGAAGAUACGUCAAUGAGAAAUGAAUUGAAGAUGAGAAAUUUAUCGAGCAUCAGACAGCAUCUCUUUAGCAGGGAUAGUUUCAUCUCUCAAGACAAUUUAGACUUGUCGGUUGAGAGUAUCGAUUUAACGAGCAUUUUGGAUAAAGUGACGUCUCUCUCGGACACGCUUAAUUCGAGUCUAGGAAAAUCGCCUGUCUCUGCGAAGCCAACAAUGAAAAAUUCUCCAGACAGUUUUAAGGAACACUCGGAGAAUAUUAAAGUAGCUUCUGGUAUUUAUUUGGGUAAUUUGUGCCAGAGUAUGGAUACGAUUGGAGAGUGUUCAGGAGUUGGUGGUGGAGAUGCUCCUUCGGCCAUUGACGCAUCUGUUAAAGUCGAAGACAUACAGAGACUCGAUAGAAAAAUUGAGAUUGCAGCGAAAAAUUCACGGAGAAUAAUUUUUCCUUGAUUUUUAGAAGGAGCAAUGAGUGACGCAGCAUUAACUAAUAAUCCGUCCAAUUAAUGAAUUUAUGAGAAUUUCAUAAUGAAAUCUUUCAUUACGAUUAACGUUGACAUAGAUUUAUACACACGUCUAUUUUUAUAUAAAGAAAUCAAAAAGUUUAUUCACGAAAAAAAAAGAACCGAGAAACUGUAAAAUGUUCGACUCGAGAUUGAACCAAGAUUCUACUGCACUCCCGCUAUACAGUUAAUUUAAAGAUUUCCUCCAAUCAGCAAGGUAAUCGUUUGGCAAUAACCAGUGAUGUAUUUUCGGAGUAGUUGAAUCUUACUUCAAUAUCGAAUCUUAAUAAUAAAAUAUUUAAGUGAUAGUGAUUAGAUACGAAAGAUUACAGAGUGUAUACGGCGCAUUUCUAAACAGCCAAGUACUCAUUCGCAAAUAGGAAAUAGAUAAAUUCUAAUAUUUAGUACGAUUUCAUGUAUUUUUCUACCAAUAGUGUUGUACGCAUUUUGUUUCAUUUGAGCAAUUAAUUAAACCUUUGCCAAAAUUAAAA